UAUCCAUUCAGAAAGAUCGCGCGUUGCGUCGUCGUCCAGUCGCAAGUUUGUUUUUUUUGGGGGGAUCCGUGGUGCCUCGAGUUUGAGGGUGAGGUGCUCGCGGUGUCGCGCGGAUUUCCGCUUCCGCGUCCUGUACCGGAGCUACGCUCCCGCGGAGCGGCAUGCUCAACAAUAUCACCGCCGGCGGUUCCGUACACGGUAUCUCCGGAACGAAGGAUGCGCAGGAUCUGAAGCGGUACGAGAAGGAGCACGGCGUGCUGGGAGUGAAUCUGGGCUCCGGUCUGUCCGCGGGUGGCGGCCUUACGCUUCAUCAGGAACUGAUCAUGACUAUGCCCGGCACAGGUGGCGCGACGGCGAUCGGUCAAGGCGAUGACAAACCUGCGAAGCAGAAACGACAUCGGACGCGUUUCACACCGGCCCAGCUGAACGAGUUGGAAAGGUGUUUCACAAAAACCCACUACCCGGAUAUCUUCCUAAGGGAGGAAAUAGCUCUAAGGAUCGGCCUUACGGAAAGUCGCGUUCAGGUAUGGUUUCAAAAUCGACGGGCGAAGUGGAAGAAGCGCAAGAAGACGACCAACGUGUUCCGGUCUUCGGGAGCGCUGCUACCGUCGCACACUCUGCCACCCUUUGGACCGAUGAGCUCUGAUUUGUGCAGCGGAAUGUUCCAUACCCCCGCGGACAGAUGGGGAAUGGGAACAGGUCUCGGACAAUUACAGGGCGGCAUGACAAUGGGUAGUUUCGGACAACUCGGUCAACAGAGUUCGGGAAGCCUGGGUUCCAGUUUGAGUCUCGGCAACUCCGGACUCCCGAUCAACAGCCCGUCGCAAUCCGUCUACCAUACCAAUUACGGACUCAACUCCAUCGGUGGCGUUCACGUGUCGGCAUCUCGAGGUUCGCCACCGGGUGCUUCCUCGGUGGGUGGCGGUCAGGCCGGGAUGGGUUCAGGCCUGAACUGCGGCCAGGGUUCGCCGGGCACGACUUCCGGUAGCGGUGGUAGCGGCGGUGCCGGUGGUGGCGGCGUUUCUUGCGUAGGUGCCGACGUGAGCGUGAACGAAACGACGGACUGGAGAAGCGCCCACAGCAUCGCCGCGCUCAGAGCGCAUCGUCGCGCCUCGGAUGCCUCGCAACAAUACAGUCCGCAGCAUCCGCCUCCACAUCCAGGACCACCGUACAACACUCCGCCAGUACACGAUUUGGAGUAUAGUUCCGUUUAUUGAGCGUUGCCUUUCGACGUUCGGUUUUACAAAAAAUAAACUGCCGGCCGGUUAGAAGAGAGCUAACUGGAAUUACCGUAGAACGAGUACUCCAUUCUGUUUCUUCUUGCGAGAAAACGAAAAGAAAAUGCUGUUUGUUUUGUUCCCGCGAUUGAUGUUUUUUUUUUUAAUGGAAAAUUAAAAGACGCAGAAACAAGCAAUCAGAGAAAUUUAUCUAGCGGCACGUUUCGAAUUUAAUAGAUAUCAUAACGGCGCAGUGAGAUCAAGAUCCACAAUAUUAGAACGCGCGCGAUACAUGUUAUUCUGAAUUUUGCCAGCAGAAGUGCAAAACCACUCACUUAAAGAAUAAUUGAAUUUAACAUGCAAUAAGCGAGCAUAUAUAAAUAAAAUGAAACGAAAUUAGAAUAGUUGUAGACAAUUCAAGAAGUGACAAAUGUAAAAGAUUUUUAGACCGACAAGAAUUCACGGUUUUGUUGUGACAUUUUGGCUUGUUUAUUACGUGACAUAAAUUUCCGACAAACACAGUUUAAAAAAAUUUAACGUACAAAGAAUUUACGAAAGGAGUACUUCGUUCUAGAAAUUAGAAGCGCGGAGGUAAAAUCAGGGUAGAGAGGAUCGAUAUACUAUAGCUGGCAGUAUGGACAGCGACAAUUUUGCGCAGUAUAUAAGAAAUUGGUUUGAUUUUAAAAACUAAUAUUGCGCAACAGAUUCUCGUCAUCACACACAGAACGCCUUCCCAGAGGACGCUGUGCGCUUGUGAAAAAUCGAGGGAUGGCUCUACUUCAUAUAUAUUGUAUAUGCAUAUAUAUAUAUAUAUAUAUUAUAUAUUAUUAUACGAGAUCACCGAGCGCCCGCGUCGGACGAUUUGACACGUUCCACCAUACGCAUUUGUAUGCGCGCGUUAAGUAAUUUAUUCUGUUUUGUUUUGUUUUUAGAUAAUCAACAAAAAACCAAAAAAUACACGCGGUUAAUACAAUUUGUGUAGUGGCUAAAAUGUCGUUAAACUCUGCUCGUUUCUGUUCUUGUUAGAGGCAUUUCGAGUGUUUAUGCUUGUGUGCUAAAGAAACGUGGAUGAGAUUAAAGCCUAGCUAAUUGUAAAUUAUUUAACCACAUUUCUCGAAGAGAGAAUGAAUAUGUGACAAACUGAUUAGAGCAGAGUUUUCACUCCGCGAGACGAAUGUUUAUGUGUUACACUUGUAUUUUUUCGAACGUGUGUUUAUUAUGCGCAAAAACAGAAAAUGUGUAUGGAUUGGUAUCUUCAUUUAAAUAAUGAAGAUCAAAACGGAAGGCGUGGCGAGGUGCAAUGAGAUGUAUACGACA